AAUCGCACAUAUACAUGGAGGCGUGUGAUGUGACUAAAUUUUGGUGAUCAUAUCAUUAUUGGUUACUCUAUUUCCAGUUCAUCGAUCAUUACUGAUUUACAUGAUAAUGGAUUUUCUAGACAAGAUACGCAACCUCUAGUUCUGAUUGUCAGACAGGGGACUCAUAUCGUUCCUGUUCGGCCGGGAGAAACAGAAGGGGAAUUUCCUGCGUAAGGACAGAUUUUACAGGAAAUUCCAAGAAAGUAAUGUCGUCUUCCGAGAUGGCGGACGUCCCGACUCAAAUUAUGGACCAAGCAGUUCGGUCCUUCAAUGCUCAAGGAGAGAAAGCAGAGUUUCCAAGGAUACUAGGUUCGCCCGAAGAAGCAGUCAAGGCUGUCAAGGAGUUCCGUCGAUUGAAUUCGCUCGAGGAGACUCAAAAGAAGUUCGAUGACCUUGACUUUACAAGUCCGGACGUCCUGUUGGAUAUAAAGAAAAUCGACCUUGACCUGAGCAUUACCGCCCUUGAGAAUGUUGGCCUGCAUCACGUGACACCGAUGUUUGGACUCGAUAAAAUUCCAAACCUUAUGAUGGCCGUCGGUUCUGCGUAUAGUGGCUGCCCCGAGAUGAAGAAAACCAUGAUAGAAUUCGGGAUAGAUCGAUCUCUGCACGCACCUCCACCUCACCUCAUGGCGGUCGGUGAUGCGAUCCCAGAUCUUCAACUGGUGUCCUUGACUGGAAAGGCCAUGACGCUUUCUGAUCUUCACAUCAACAAGGAUAGACCGAUGAUGAUCCUGGCUUCAUCAGCCUCCUGACCCCCGCUCAGGGCCUGUGUAGUAGGUGGUACGCUUGCUGGUAUUGUUCGUGACUACCGAGGCCGGGUCGAUUUCCUCGCCGUCUAUCUCGCCGAAGCUCACCCGAAGGGAGGAUGGACGAAGGGAACCAAGUUAAGUUCGAGGGAACAACAUCGAUCACUUCAAGAAAGAAUUAUGGAAGCAAAAAAUCUCCUACAGAUAGAUGAAGAAACACAUGAUUGUAUGACCGAUGACGUCACUGAUGUUUCGAGGUUCCGCAUCGUCGCUGAUCAGAUGGACAACCUCUUCUCCAGAAUGUUCCAGGCGCACCCAGAUCGUGUGAUAUUCAUGCGAAAUGGCAAAGUAGUCUACAUCGGGAAAAACAUCAUUCAACACGUCAAGAACCCUACGCGAUUAAUGACACAUGAAGCACGUGACUGGUUGGAAGAAAACGUAGGCCCGGCUGCAAAGAAAUAAUGUGCGUCUACAAAUACUUACUUAAUAAUUAUCAACCAAAGUAAUUAAAAAUGCUAUAUCAGGGAAAAGUCCCAAGAAAUAGACAUAACUAUUCUUCCUGUAAGAGUCAUGCAUUAUUUCAGUUUCUCAAAUUUAUCAAAUCCAAGGUCUUGAAACUUGCAAUAAGGUUUGGAAAAUCUAGAUAUUAUUAAUUUUCAGUGUUUGAAUUCUUAUUCAGUGGCAAGAGAAAUUGAAUGCAUGUUAAUUUUAGUUUUAUAAAUCAGGGAUGCCAGUGGGGCCCUCACCUUGUGCAAGUGUUAAAAUAAUGCAUCAUUAUAAACAGAAUGCUUAAAUGAUGCAAACCUAUAGCUGUAAUAUCCAUUGGUGACAUUCAUAAUUAACAGGGCCUGUGGAACCCUGGGGGGGGGGGGGUGAGCUGGGAUAUAGGGCUUCGCUAUUCGUCACUUAGCCCUUCCCACUUCUUCAAUAACCAUUAAAAAAUAAAAACCGUUACAAUGGGCAUGAUCGUGAUCUUAUUGAUAUUCACCCUCCACCCAAAGUUUCAAAAAGGUUUUGCAUCCCCUGACUGGGGUAUAUAAUUUUUUUUAAAUCUGACUUUCUGAUUGUUGGUAUAAGAGAAGGUCUUUAGGAUAACAUAUUCUCAUGUUACUCAUAUGCCAUAUUUACACCUGUACAAUUCUGGUGAGAUGAACUUUAAGUUUAGAUAAAUGAUAACAAUACCUUGAACGAACGCUACAUUUAAAAUCAAUGGAAUUUCGAAGUUGAUGAAUAAUUAGUCAAAGACAGUUGCUACAAAUUUCACUAUUUUCCUAUAAAAAAAAUGGAUCGCGCAAUGAAAUUCGCAUUACCGAAAUUUAUCAACUCUUGUUUCUUGUAUACUGUAUCUUAUUUGUUUUAUAAUGAUAUCAAUAAAAAGAUAAUAAUAAAAUUCAUUAUGAAUCGCUAUUUUGUAACACAAUAAACAUUAACUUGUGGUAAUCUAUGGUAGGCUGAAAUGAUAUGCCUAGAAGAUGUGGUUUCCUAGUACAUGGCGAAAACAGAGCUAAUGAAGUAUCCACAGCAAAACUUUAAUCUGUGGGAACGGAUGAAAGAAAGUGUUUCGAUCAUGUUCACUAUUAAAUUAUUUUCUUCUUAUGGCAUACGUUUCUUUCUGACCCUUUGGAUCUUUGAUUAAAAGAUUAUAUAAACCAAAA